AAGUUACUCCACUGGACGACAAAAGCAGUUUGGAAUGUUAGGCGGAUGCAAAAGGAAUAAAGCAAACGUAGAGGGGAAAAAAAAGGAGGCCGAUAAAGUUUCUGGCUACAAUACAAGAGACGUAUCAUUACCAUAUGAUCUAAUGUGGGUGUCAGCUGGUUGUGCUCACUGAGUGAAACCUUCGUUUCUCCCUGGGCUAUGGAGUAGAAGCUGGAGGUUUGCAACCUAGUGACAGCCAGAGAGCAGCACCCCUCCUCCUUUCCACACCUGCAAACUCUUUUGCUUGGGCUGAAUAUUUAGUGUAAUUACAUCUCAGCUCUGAGGGCUCCCGUGGCAAAUACCCGGAUUAAAAGGCUGUUCCAAAUACAUGAGAUAAUCAUGAAGGCGACGCUCAUCCUACUCCUUCUGGCACACGUCUCUUGGGCUGGACCAUUUGAACAGAGAGGCUUAUUCGACUUCAUGCUGGAAGAUGAGGCUUCCGGCGCGGCAGAAACGGAAGAUUCUGGUCUUCCUCCUGAUCUACCACACCUGGAGCCCCUGGGACCUGUGUGUCCCUUCCGCUGCCAAUGCCAUCUUCGAGUGGUCCAGUGUUCCGAUCUGGGUUUGGAUAAAGUGCCCAAGGACCUUCCUCCUGACACAACAUUGCUAGACCUGCAGAACAACAAAAUCACUGAGAUCAAAGAUGGUGACUUUAAGAGCCUGAAGAAUCUGCAUACUUUGAUUCUUGUCAACAACAAGAUCAGCAAGAUCAGCUCUGGGGCCUUCACACCUCUAGUGAAACUGGAAAGGCUUUAUCUGUCUAAGAAUCAGCUAAAGGAACUCCCCGACAAAAUGCCCAAAACCCUCCAGGAGCUUCGCGCCCACGAGAACGAGAUCAGCAAAGUGCGGAAAACCGUGUUCAACGGACUGAACCAGAUGAUUGUCAUAGAACUGGGCACCAACCCACUGAAAAGCUCUGGAAUUGAAAGUGGAGCCUUCCAGGGAAUGAAGAGGCUCUCGUACAUCCGCAUCGCAGACACCAAUAUCACUGCUAUUCCUCAAGGUCUCCCUCCUUCUCUCACUGAAUUGCACCUAGAUGGAAACAAGAUCACUAAAGUUGAUGCAUCCAGCCUGAAAGGACUGACUAAUUUGGCUAAGUUGGGAUUGAGUUUCAACAGCAUCUCUGCCGUAGACAAUGGCACUCUGGCCAACACUCCUCAUCUGAGGGAACUCCACUUGGACAACAACAAACUCAUCAGAGUGCCUGGUGGGCUGGCGGAGCAUAAGUACAUCCAGGUUGUCUACCUUCACAACAACAACAUCUCCGCAGUCGGGUCAAAUGACUUCUGCCCACCCGGCUACAACACUAAGAAGGCUUCCUACUCCGGAGUGAGUCUUUUCAGCAAUCCUGUCCAGUAUUGGGAGAUCCAGCCAUCCACCUUCCGAUGUGUCUAUGUCCGCUCUGCCAUUCAACUCGGAAACUAUAAGUAACUCCCAACCAGCCUCAUUUUUAUAAUCUGGAAAAAAGAAAAAAAAAAAAAAAAAC